CUUUGGUUUACACCGAUUUUUUCAGCUGGCGGAUUUACCCUCACCUACAAAAUACCGGAGGAUUUUUUGUCGCCGUACUUGAAAAAACAGGGCCGAUAAAAGAUACCGGCGAGAAUAAUGUCACUGUACAAGACACAAAUUCAAAAAUGGAUAUCAGUGAGAAAGAUGAUGAGGUAAUUGAACUACCAUCUGCCAUCACUGAACCAUUGUUAUCCGAUGAUGAGGUAACUGAAUUACCAUCUGCCACCACUGAACCAUUGUUAUCCGAUGAGGAAGUAUCCGAAAAUUCAGAUACGGUAGUCGCCAUUUCCGUCGACGAAAAAGAGUCAGAUAUGGCAGUAGCGAUUUCUGUCGACAAAAAUGCGAAUUCUGAUAAUAAGGGAAAAAAAAUUAAAGAAAAAACGCAUGGAAUAUCGUACGAAGAACCAUUUAUUUUCUUAGAUCCGGAAGCUCAUGAAGUCAAAUCAAUAAGCGAAUUUUAUGGUCUAAGCCGUGAUUUUCCUGUAAAUCAAUUUCUAGUACGCUCAUCAAAUAAUGAACAUAAUGUCAUAUAUUUUGUUAACGACUCCAUACAAUACAUUUUAAAAGCACAAGACUCCAAAAGACUUAGAGUGGUGAAUACCGGUAUAAAGGCUUUCACACGAACAAGUCCUAAUGUCAAUGUGAGAUGUCCAUUCCGAUUUCACCAAGAUGGACUUUCUAUAAUUGCACCUUAUAUUCAAGAUACUCGUAUAGUGUAUGUUGGUGUCGAAGAAGUACAAACUUUAAUGGAGGAAACUGCACCGUUGAUUUCGAAAUUUUCAUCAAACGUUAUAAGUCGGUUAAAUGACUUGGACGAAGGUGGCAUCUUAUUUUAUCUUGAUCCUUCAAAAAACCCGAAUUUUAAGUAA